AGGGCUGCGGCCGCCGCAGUGCUGGGUGGCUGGCGGUCCUGGAGAUCUUUGCGCCCCGGAGACAGCCCUGGGCGGUGCCUGGGGUCAGCCCGAGCCCGAGCGCGGCUUGGUAACUGGGAAGGGCGCUCGCCGCUGACCCUGCCGCAGUCCUGAGCGAGGUUACGGCAGACCUCCACUUCGGAUCCUGCCUUACAGACCGUGAGAGUUUAUUGCAGAAGUGGGGCGAGUCCCAGAUGCAUGUCUUUCGUUUGUCUAUUGCCUUCUUUAAACUUUCCCAAGCUCUGCCAGAGUAUUUCUCCAUCUCACCCACUGCGGUCUCUAUCAGCUCUGGGCUUCACCCCUAAUCAUCUUUCAGGCACCCCCCUCCCCGCCUCUUUUAGGCCUGUGUCUUUUAUCCGAUGAAAGGAUACAAGAGUGGAACGAGCUUUGUGCUGAAGGAAAAAGUAGCGCAGCCACUAAAAUUCUCAUCUGGUGGAGAAGCGCACCCACCCCUUCCUGGGGGGCCUUGCAAGAGGACUCAGCUGCGGAAAGGCCUUCUGCCAAGCCCUGGGGUUGUACUUGCAAGCGCUAGCAGCCACCCUCAUCUAGCUUAUGCAAGUGGAUACGUGCCCUCUGCAAAAACCAGGUUUCUCAGCGGUGUCUUUAGAAUUUCCCCAUAACCUAAGCACUUUUCCUCCUCCGUGGGUUGGGGAGUUUGCUUAUAUCCAGUGCUCAGUCGAGGACAAUGGAUUCGGGUAACCGAAGGUUUGAGCUACCUGAAAUAUCAUAGCAGCUUCUGGGUGGUUCUGAGGCUUAAAGAGGUUUGGAGGCUGCUAUGUUAAUGCUGCUUGUCCUGGGAGUAUUACUUCAUGAAGUUCCGCCGUGUCGCCAAGACGAGGCCCCUGCUGAGGCUGCCGGCGCUCCAGGCAAAGCUCUUUUUGACUAUGCCAGCAUCCGCCUGCCCGAGGAGCAUAUUCCCUUCUUUCUGCACAGCAACAGACAUAUUGCUGCCGUCUGUAAGGAAGAUCCACGUUGCCCUUAUAAGAAACACUUAGAAAAUCUAAGAUACUGCUGGGGUUAUGAGAAAUCCUGCAAACCAGAGUUCAGAUUUGGCUACCCUGUUUGCAACUACGUCGACAUGGGAUGGACGGACACUCUUGAAUCAGCGCAGGACAUAUUCUGGAAACAAGCAGACUUUGGAUACGCUGGGGAGCGGCUGGAGGAGAUGCAUGUGCUCUGCCAGCCUGAGGAAACGGGUGACUCGGGCCUGGUGUGUUCCCGUUAUCUUCAGUAUUGCAGAGCAACCAACCUCUACCUUGAUUUAAGAAACAUCAAGAGAAAUCAUGACAGAUUUAAGGAAGAUGUCUUCCAGAGCGGUGAAAUCGGAGGACACUGUAAACUGGAUGCUCAGACGUUGUUGUCUGAAGGUCAGCGCAAGAGCCCUCUGCAGUCUUGGUUUGCUGAGCUACAGAGCUACACUCAGCUCAACUUCAGACCUAUAGAAGAUGCAAAAUGUGACAUUGUUGUUGACAAGCCAACCUACUUCAUGAAAUUCGAUGCAGGUGUUAACAUGUAUCACCACUUCUGUGAUUUUCUGAAUCUUUAUGUUACUCAGCAUGUUAAUAACUCAUUCAGUACAGACGUGUACAUCGUGAUGUGGGACACGAGCUCCUACGGUUAUGGUGACCUCUUCUCCGACACCUGGAAAGCAUUUACUGAUUACGAUGUUAUACAUUUGAAAACUUACGAUUCCAAAAGGGUGUGUUUUAAAGAAGCUGUCUUUUCAUUACUCCCCCGCAUGAGGUACGGGCUGUUCUAUAAUACCCCUCUGAUAUCGGGCUGUCAAAAUACUGGAUUAUUUAGGGCGUUUUCCCAGCAUGUGUUACACAGACUGAACAUCACACAAGAGGGACCCAAGGAUGGAAAAAUUCGAGUCACCAUUCUCGCACGGAGCACAGAAUACCGGAAAAUACUAAACCAAAAUGAGCUUGUAAAUGCUCUGAAAACAGUGUCUACGUUUGAAGUCCGAAUUGUGGAUUACAAGUAUAAGGAACUGGGGUUUUUAGACCAGCUGAGGAUCACACACAACACAGACAUCUUUAUUGGAAUGCACGGAGCUGGUCUUACCCAUUUACUUUUCCUUCCGGACUGGGCAGCUGUAUUCGAACUGUACAACUGUGAAGAUGAACGCUGUUACUUAGACUUGGCAAGACUGAGAGGUGUCCACUACAUCACAUGGCGGAAAAAGAACAAAGUAUUUCCACAAGAUAAGGGCCAUCACCCAACUCUAGGGGAGCACCCAAAGUUUACCAACUACUCUUUCGAUGUUGAAGAAUUUAUGUACCUUGUCCUGCAGGCCGCGGACCAUGUAUCACAACACCCCAAGUGGCCAUUUAAGAAAAAACAUGAUGAGCUAUAAAUGUGUUGAGCCUGUUUGCAAAGACAGUAUUUAAACCAAUAAUACCCAAAACUCUCUAAUACCAGACUCACAAUUAAAUCCGUUAAAAAAGAAGAAACUCAGAAUACCUUGUUAUUUCCUACCCUGAAAGGACCAUUUCUGUACCAAAAUGUAUCUUCAAGAUAUUACUUGUUUUAUAGUCUUUAAGUGUUUUGCAUGAUUUCUGUGUCACUGGUAUUUAUCCAGAUGACAUUUUUGCACUGGAAACUUGUUGUAGUUCAAAAACGAGGCACGGGCUUGCUGGCAUAAUUGAGCUUUCCUUUUAGCGGUACCAAAGGUCUUAACUUUCUUAGCUUUAGAAUUUGUAAAUGUUUUUGUAGAAUACCAUGUGAUUGUGCGUCAGAGUGUCCCAACUUGUUUAUGGUAUAUUUGGAUAAUUCACGAGUGUUCUUUUAUUUGCUAUAAUCUGUUCAUUAACACUGUUUGUGGUAAGAAAGGAAAACUCAACACAGCACACACAGAUUCUGAAGACUUUCCAUGGUUGAGGUUCUUGGUACCAAGCCGUAGGACCAUGUUGUAGACCAAACAGUGUUAUAAACAGAUCUGUUUUGUUCUCUUAUCAGAGUCCAAACUAACUUCCAUUGAAUUCCCUGCUCUCCCCUUUUAAUCAGCUCCAGGUUUUGUCCUUCAAGAACCACAGUCGACCAUGGUUUUGCAUUAAUUUAUAUUCGUAUAAUUCAGUUCAUAUUCAAACCAUGUAUUUAUUUGUAAUUUGAUUUAUCAGUUAUACAUGUGUCAUAUGUAACAACUACAUAUGGUAACAACAAGUGCAGAUAUUCUGUAGGACUGUCUUAUGUACCUUAUUGAUCAUUUUCACUGACUCCUUCAUAACAGUGGAGAGCACUGAUGUUGAAUUUAAACAUCAAAUGCAGAUUUCUAUUGUGCGUGUAUUUGUAGCUGCAUAUACCUCCCUCUGUGUGUGUGUGUGUGUGUGUGUGUGUGUGUGUGUGUGUGUGUCUACCUCUAUUAGCAUGAAAGUAUCCAGUCUUUAUUUUGGCAAACGUCAGAUUGGCCACACGAAGAGAAUUCCUCCCUAUGCAGAAGUACAGACGCUUGUGAAUUACCCAGAGAGCUAAGCCGUAAGAAAGUGCAAGGGAUUAAAAAACAUCGGGACUGAAGCCCCAUUCUUUGAAUGGGAUUCAUUCCUGAAAGUUUAUGAACUUUUAUUUUAGCAGUUGGAAACCAUGGAUUUAUUUCAUGCACAAUGUGAAAUUUACAUUUUAUUGACACUUGAGUAAUCUAGAGACUAGUGGCUUCUGUUUUUUCAAGGAGGGGAUAGCAAACUACAGUAGAACUAAGAAUUUUUUUUCCUUUCAGAGUUGUUGAAAGAAAAAAAAGAGGGCGGAGGGAACAUGCACAGAGAAGCUAAGUGGCCCGCAAAACCUAAAAUGUUUACUCUCUGGCCCUUUAUGGAAAAAGUUUGCCGAUUCUUGCUUUAAAGGAUUAUGGACCACUUUCUAGAGUUGAGGGAUAUUUAUUAAAGUAUCUAUAAAGGUAAUAGUGAAUCACUGUGGCAAUAGCUUUGAUUUAGAUCUUAAAAUUGUGUAAAAAGAGCUACAACAUAUAAUGAAUAUUUAAAUAACAAGUAUUGCUGCUGUUCUUUGUGCAGAAUACUGAAUAACCACUGGGAAAAUAUUUCACAUGAAAGGAAUUGUAAAGACGGUGUUGCACUUUUAGUCUGAGAGGUAUAAACAUCUGAAAAAACUAUCUGGAAAACAUGUUGUUUCAAUGUUUAUCUUACCUCAUUUUAAGGAGCGCAUGGGAACUGUCGGUUCUAUGGUAGAGCAAGCAUUUCAGAAAUCAAAAACAAUUUCAUGAUAAAACUAUUAUAUUUGCGUAUUUUGCAUUUAAAGAGGAUAAGCUUUAUAUCAAACAACAAAGUACAUUUGACACUUUAUCAAAUUAGCUUUUAUCAGACUUUUUUAUAAGAACAAAAGAAGGUGUUCAAAUUGUUAUAAAAUUUUAGAUGUAAAGACUUCUCUGUAUUGAUUAAAUCUUUAAAAGGGAUGGAUUUCAAUUAUUUGUACAUUUUAGAUAUGCCUUUGGAAUAAAUCAUUUUAUAUUUUAUUUGAAUAUA